AUGGCUUCUUUUACUUACCUACCAGGCUCAUCUAUUGGCACCAGGCACCAGAACCAAAUGAGAUUCGAUCGUUUAACUCGAUGGGAGCGACAAUGCGACCUCAGGAUUGAGCGUCCAGGAAACGGUGCUUCGGUCAUAAAGGUUCUAACGGGUGUGGAGGGGUUGGAUCUGACCAGCACUCAGAUUCAAUUGCUCAAUGGUAUGGAAGAAUUGAACAAUCGCUGUAAAUUAUCCGGACUCUCUUCAACGCAUGCAAUUCAGUUCGCCAAAAAGAACCUGGAUGCUAGUCUUAGAGCGAAGGAGACCCACUACAACUUGCCCAUAUUCUGCCAAGGGCGCAGCCACAAGGCAAAGAGUAAAUAUCUGCGUAGUGACCAUCGAUACUAUACCGACUACUAUAACCUUGUCGGAACGGAUCUGGUACCUUUGUUGGACUGUUUCGAACAACUUCACCAGUCAGUGUUGCAGAUCCACUACCACCGGGACAGAGAGUCUCAGAAACAAUUGGCUGUAGAAGCACUCAAAGAGUACUUGCCCGAAUUCUUCGCCAUUUCAAAGAAGUUUACAGAGAAACUGGAGAGGCUUGAGCUUCGGACUCUGUCCAGAAACCGAUGCCUGUUAGAGUACAUGGGUGACAUAGCUGAUUCGAGCGAUGCGCCUAUCCAUGUUCUGAAGAAAACCAAGAAGAUAACACCCCUCCACAAGACCGUCAUCUUCAACAAGUUGAGCCACGGGCGAUACAGUGAUGACGUUUGUAAGAAAAUAUAG